AUGCAAAACUAAGCAACUAUGACAGAUAUAAACGAGGAAGACAUCAGAAGGCUGGAUUAGCACAUUACUAGAAAUCAAAAUAUCAUAAUGGCUUGUAUAAGGGUUCUAAAGAUGGAGGAACUAAGAAGAACAAAUGAAGACAAUUAACGUUUGAUGAGCUUCAUGCGAUCACAUUUAUAUUUUAAAGGAAACUCAUCCUUAGAUUAUUUAUGGGAAUGUUGCUAACUCAUGAAAUUCGAAUAAUUAAAAAAAAAUCAAAUUCUCUACUUGAGAGGAAGAGAGAAUCAAGAAUAAUUAAUAAUAUUAUUAACUGGUGAAAUCAGUGUCUAGUCUAAUGAAUAGGAAUUGCUGUGUACAAAACAUUUUGGGUCGAAUUUGAUAGUAUUUGGGAAUGAUUCAAGCCCAAACCUGAUGGUUAAGACCAAAUCAGUAUGUAAAGCAGCCGUCAUUUCCAAGUUGGACUUUAAAAUCAAUAUGUUAACAUGUGAGAUUUCCAAAAUAAAUGGUUUACUCUAACAGAUAUAUGCAUUCCACUUGUUUAAGACUUUGCCAUUUACCACAGUUCGGUAAUUCUACCUCAACAGCUUUAUCUAACACCUUUGUUGCUAAGAUAUAUUGUAUAGCUAAAAUUAAAAGGCAUCACAAGUGUUUUUAGUCAUGAGUGGGAUCUUUGAGUUGCGAGAAACAACGGAAACCAAUACAAAAUCUCUCAACAUUUAUACACCUGGACAAUUGUUAGGGGAUUUUGAAUGUGUUAAUUUCUACUAAACUAGAAAGUCCCAGGCUCUGUGUAUCAGCGAUGAAGGAUCAGUCUUAGUAUUUGAAGGAGUUUAUUUUUUGAAUUAGAUUGUACCGUAAAUUAAUAAGAAGUUUGUGGCGAAGAGAAUAAACGAUGUUAAAUAGACACAAAAAAGUAUAUAGAUGAAAAAGACAUUGUAGAGAAUAUUUCCAGAACAACCAGUUGAAUAAUCACUGUAAUCAUAAUACUAGCUCAAUUAAACAAGUACCAAGCACUUUCGAUUUGCUAAGUUGGCAAAUCCUAGAUUUUUUAAGUUGAGACAGACUCCAGAAAAAUAAAUGACUCAAUAAUAAAACAGUCUAAGCAUUAAUAGAUCUUAAUAAUAAUUACUCACAACAAAUAGUCAUAAUAAAAUAUCAAUAGUAUCAUUUUCUACGAAAUAGGAACUGUUUUAAGGAAACAUCAAAGGAAGAUUAUUAAGGAAUGAAUUACUAAAUAAGUUUAUCAAUUAAUAAUCUGAAUAUCAAGAUGUUGUGUAAAAGCUAAGGAGAACCCAAUCAUAAUUGGGUAUGAAUAAAUGA